CCCGAGCACCCGUAGGUCGGAUUCUUUGGAUGAAGCACCGGAAGUGACCGCCUCGCGGCUGCUUCCUCUCCUGAAAUCCAAAGUCCCGCUGCUCCGCCGCGAUAUUGAGUAAAACACUUGGAGUCCGACAGCAUGGAGGCAGCGCGCCCUCCCCCAACUGAAGGGAAGUUCGUGGUGGUCGGCGGCGGCAUCGCGGGCGUCACUUGUGCGGAGCAGUUGGCUACGCACUUUCCAUCAGAAGAUAUUCUCUUGGUAACAGCUUCUCCUGUUAUUAAAGCAGUUACAAAUUUCAAGCAGAUUUCUAAAAUAUUGGAAGAAUUUGAUGUUGAAGAACAAUCAAGUACCAUGUUAGAACAUCGCUUUCCCAACAUUAAGGUUAUAGAAUCUGGAGUAAAGCAACUGAAGAGUGAAGACCACUGCAUUAUAACAGAAGAUGACAAUCAGCAUAUCUAUAAGAAACUCUGUCUGUGUGCUGGAGCUAAACCAAAGUUGAUAUGUGAAGGAAAUCCUUAUGUAUUAGGAAUCCGUGAUACAGACAGUGCUCAGGAAUUUCAGAAACAGCUUACUAAAGCUAAAAGAAUAAUGAUCAUAGGGAACGGUGGUAUUGCACUUGAGUUAGCAUAUGAAAUUGAAGGCUGUGAAGUGAUUUGGGCCAUUAAAGAUAAAGCUAUAGGGAAUACUUUCUUCGAUGCAGGAGCAGCUGAAUUCUUGACUUCAAAGCUCAUUUCUGAAAAAUCAGAGGCUAAAAUUGUACAUAAAAGAACCAGAUAUACAACUGAAGGAAGGAAAAAGGAAGCCAGAAACAAAUCUAAAGCAGAUAAUGUAGGCAGUGCAUUGGGACCAGAUUGGCAUGAAGGCUUGAAUCUUAAAGGAACAAAACAGUUUUCUCGUAAGAUUCACAUUGAAACUAUGUGUGAAGUAAAGAAAAUCUACUCUCGGGAUGAGUUUAGAAUUUUGAAGAAAAAGUCUUUCACUUUUCCAGGAGACCAUAAGUCAGUUACAACUGAUACAGAGAUAUGGCCUGUGUAUGUGGAAUUGACCAAUGAAAAGAUAUAUGGCUGCGAUUUCAUUGUCAGUGCUACGGGAGUUACACCAAAUGUAGAACCUUUUCUCCAUGGUAACAGUUUUGAUGUAGGAGAAGAUGGUGGCCUGAAAGUGGAUGAUCACAUGCACACAUCCCUUCCCGAUGUCUAUGCUGCUGGUGACAUCUGUACUACAUCCUGGCAGCUGAGCCCAGUCUGGCAGCAGAUGAGGCUGUGGACCCAGGCUAGGCAGAUGGGAUGGUACGCAGCAAAGUGCAUGGCUGCAGAGAGUUCAGGAGACUCUGUAGACAUGGAUUUCAGCUUUGAACUGUUUGCUCAUGUGACAAAAUUUUUUAACUAUAAGGUUGUACUGCUGGGAAAAUACAACGCACAGGGCUUAGGUUCAGAUCAUGAAUUAAUGCUGAGAUGUACCAAAGGGCAAGAAUACAUCAAAGUCGUCAUGCAAAAUGGACGAAUGAUGGGAGCUGUCUUAAUCGGUGAAACUGAUUUAGAAGAAACAUUUGAAAACCUAAUUUUAAACCAAAUGAAUCUUUCAUCAUAUGGAGAAGAUCUGCUAGAUCCAAAUAUUGAUAUAGAAGAUUAUUUUGACUGAAAAUAGAAUUUCUUCAAGAAUUGUAUAAUGUUCCAAAUGACACACAAAAAAAUCACAAGUCAAUAAAAUGAAUGACUGCACUGAGUUAAUGAUGACCACACUGAAAAUUACAGAAGUGAUAAUGAUAUUAAUGGAAAAGUAUAAGAACAAAUUCUAAGUGAAAUCAGUUCAAAUUAUUUAUUUAUAGAUAUAUCUUUCCAAUACAACACUGACUGCUUAGGAAAAAAGUCUUAAGUUGUUU